AUGGGCAAGCAUUGGGGUCUUGUCCAAUUGCUUAGUGCAGCAUGCGCUGUUCUGGCAGUCGCCGAGGAGCCGGUCAUCUUCAGCAAAGCGUCCAACGACAGCUUGCUGUGGGGACCGUACAGGCCGAAUCUCUACUUUGGUGUCAGACCGAGAGUGCCCAAGUCGCUCCUGGCUGGCCUUUUGUGGGCGCGAGUCGAAGACUUCGUAUCCGUCCAAGGCAACACGAGAUACACAUGCGAGCAGCACGAGAUCGAUGGCUAUGGCUGGGACAAGUAUGAUCCCAGGACGGGAGGGAUACAAACAAUCAAGGACAAGGGCAACGGUCUGGAUCUAGAGACGACGUUCGUCAAGUUUGACGAGGGCCGUGGUGGUUGGGCUGCCAGGAUCCGGGGCACACCAAGGACAGACGGGUCAUUGCUUGAGGACAACCAAUUCAGCACCGGAGGAGGCGAUGGCAGAUACGCCGUUUUCUUUGCGGUGGGAGCUGAGGGGCUUGGAACUGUCGAGCCUCAAGAGGCAGAAGGUGCUGAAGAGUUGGGAUAUGCCGGUGAUGUGGUCUUCGACGGACAGACCCAAGAUCUGGGCGAGUUCAAACUCACCAUUACAAAGGGCACGUCCAAGAGCCACCCACGGCAUAAACACCCUUCAGAUAAGGCCAAGCCGUUAGAUCGUACUUUUGUGCAUUCUCAACAAGUCCAAGAGGAAGCACUCUGGCAAACCAAGCCACUUCUCUUCAGGUCUAUGAAGACUGUCAUCGAUGCAUACAUCGAAGAAUAUACCCAAGAGAAGAUGCCACCGCCGUGGCAGACAUACACUAUCGAGAACAAGCCAGGGCAAGGCAACAUGCAUCUGGUGCAGAAAGUGUUUGAAGGAGCAUUCGAAUUCGAUGUGUUCUACACGGCUGCUGAUGCAGAGCAAAAGACUGCGGAAGAUUUCAACAAAGCGAUCAAGGAGAUGGCAGCGGGCUUCGACAAGAGAUACCCGGCAGUGCACAAGCCUGAGACUCCUUUCACGGACUCCAAGUACGACGUCUUCAGCAAGUCGCUUUUCAGCAACCUCAUCGGCGGUAUUGGAUACUUCCACGGCGACCAAGUCAUUGAUCGUUCAUAUGCACCCGAGUACGAGGAGGAAAAUGAAGGCUUUUGGCAGGAAGCUGAGGAAGCGCGUCAACGCAACCAACAGAAGCUCGAAGGACCUUACGAGCUGUUCACUUCCGUACCUUCACGGCCAUUCUUCCCUCGAGGUUUCUUAUGGGACGAAGGCUUCCAUCUGCUACCAAUCCUGGACUGGGACGCAGAGGUCGUCAUGCAAAUCCUGAGCUCCUGGUUCAAUACUAUGGAUGAUGAUGGAUGGAUCCCUCGUGAGCAGAUCUUGGGCUCUGAAGCACGAAGCAAGGUGCCGGCAGAGUUCCAGGUACAGUACCCGCACUAUGCCAACCCGCCGACGCUCUUCAUCGCAUUAGAGGCUCUGGUCGACAAGAUCGUCGGCAAGGCUGGAUCUGGUGCAGCGCUCGAGCACAAGGUUGGCACAAACACCCUCGCGACCCCAGAAUCUGUCAAAGCGUGGCUGCAGCAGCUGUACCCGCUCCUGCAACGCAACUUCGAGUGGUAUCGCAAGACACAAUGGGGUGAUAUCAAGUCGUAUGACCGUGAAGCCUUCAACUCGAAAGAGGCGUACCGCUGGAGAGGCAGGACACCUCGACACAUCCUCACUUCCGGCCUCGACGACUACCCUCGUGGACAGCCACCUCAUCCAGGUGAGCUUAACGUUGACCUCAUCAGCUGGAUGGGACUUAUGAGCCGCAACAUCCACCGCAUUGCUGGCUUUUUGGGCGAAACCGAUGAUGAGGCCAAGUACGGCAAGAUCGCAGAAGCAAUUCGCCGAAACAUUGACGAUCUCCACUGGUCCAAGGAGCACAAGACAUACUGCGAUGCCACUGUGGAUGACUACGAGGAGAGUGUCCAUGUAUGCCACAAGGGCUACAUCAGCAUAUUCCCAUUCAUCACUGGCAACGUGGGACCAGACAACGAGCACUUGAAGGACAUCCUGGACCUGAUCAAGAAUGAAGAGGAACUCUGGAGUCCUCACGGUAUCCGCAGCUUGAGUGCCAAGGACGAACUCUAUGGUACUGACGAGAACUACUGGAGAAGUCCCGUGUGGAUGAACAUGAACUACCUGAUUGUCAAGGAGCUAUACAACACCGCACAGCAGCCCGGAGCGCAUCAGAAGCAAGCUGCAACCAUGUACCGAUCACUGAGAAAGAACUUGGUGGACACGGUAUACAGGUCAUGGCUCGAGACUGGCUUUGCCUGGGAGCAAUAUAACCCAGAGACAGGCGCUGGUCAAAGGACGCAGCACUUUACGGGAUGGACGAGCUUAGUCGUCAAGAUCAUGGCGAUGCCCGAGAAGAUUAGGGUCGAGAAGAAGGGCGGAGGGCAUGAUGAGCUGUGA